UGUGUGUGUGUGUGUGUGUGUGUGUGUGUGUGUGUGUGUGUGUGUGUGUGUGUGUGUGUGUGUGUGUGUGUGUGUGUGUGUGUGUGUGUGUGUGUGUGUGUGUGUGUGUGUGUGUGUGUGUGUGUGUGUGUGUGUGUGUGUGUGUGUGUGUGUCGGCACUGUUAUUUUGAAAGACAACGGCUGGUGAAAUAGCAGAAAUUCGACAUUUUCUUCCAACAUCUUUGCAUCUGGAUGCCUGGUCAUUACAGAAGUGUGUCGGCCGUUUCUUGUGAACUCUGUUUACAUCAUCCUCUACCUCGCCUCAACAUCUACGGUGGGAUUUCGAAACGGAAAUCACACGCCACAUGUCAUUUUGGAUACAAGUUAACACAUUCUUCCGAGUAUAUUUAUUGAACUGCAUUAAAAGAGAGUAUUGAAAAAUUAAAGGAUAGUUAGAUGUUGUGGCUGAAUGAUAUUCGGGUGAAGUCCAAGGAAACGCAAGUGACAUCCCAAUGAGUGGUACACAUUCAACUCUCGCUGACAGGACCCCUAAUAUUCUCAAUAAGGACCAGAUUGCAGAUAAGAAACCCAAGAAUGACAAGUCCCCCAUCUCCCUCAAGCAUGAGUUUGACCCAACAGGUAUGGUGCAGCGCUGCGUGAUCAUCCAGAGGGAUGAGAAUGGCUUUGGCCUGACAGUGAGUGGAGACAACCCGGUGUUUGUACAGAUGGUCAAAGAAGAUGGUGCUGCAAUGAGAGCAGGUGUCCAAACAGGUGACAGAAUCAUUAAGGUAAACGGGACCUUAGUGACGCAGUCCAACCACAUAGAAGUGGUCAAGCUCAUAAAAUCGGGUUCCUACGUAGCGCUGACACUUUUGGGCCAGCCCCCGGGGCUCAGUGAGGCCCUGCAAGAGGAAGAGGAGCAGGAGGAGGAGGAGGAGGGAGUGGUUGAGAAGGAGGAGGAGGGGGAGCUACAGAAGUCAGAGGGACGGGAAGGAGACGGGCCCCUCUCGACGCCCCUCGUUCAGCCCCCAAUACUGGAGCAGGGGGGCCCUUUGACCGAUGACAUCAUGAACAGUAGCCCCCAGCAGCAGCAGCAGCACAUUGAUGGCCCACCCACUCCUCUCCGGAGCAACAUUCUGGUUGGUCAGAAUGAAGAUGGGGACGCCGUGCUGUCGGAGUGGCAGAUGAAACGCUCGUCCCCAUUGAACGACAAGCUCUGGUCGUCAGCAGGCGGUCAAUUCAGCAGUCUAACCAUGUUUGACUGGCCUGGUAUGAACUCUGUCCACUGUCUCCGUCUGCUGUGGUGGCGUUUUCAUAAGAAGUACAAUGCAGAAGCGCUCGCCGGCUUAAAGAACAACAGGAAACUAGUGGUGACGGGAAGCCCCCUCCCAGUUUACCCUAGCCAAAGUGACACGCCCUGCCACAACCCAAAGACGAACCUUGACGAUAGCCCCCACUUCAGUCCCUCUCCAGACCAAGAUGACCCCUACCCUCUGAACCCUGGCCCGCAGUGCAUCAUGGGAACACCCCCAUCUCCAGCCCACCCUCCCAUCAUCGGGGCGGAGGACGACUACUUUGACACGCAACAGGAACAGAUAAAUGGCCAGUGCAGCUGUUUCCAAAGCAUGGAGUCGUUGAAAUCCAGACCAGCACACCUUGCCGCCUUCCUCCACCACGUGGUCUCACAGUUUGACCCUGCACCUCUGUUGUGCUACCUGUACGCUGACCUUCACCAGCAGACCCGCUCCAAGGAGAGCAGACGUAUCUUCAUGGACCUCCACUCCCUCUUCCUCGACCCCACUGCAAAUCUUAAAGUACAUGUCCCAGAAUCUGUGUCAGUAGAACUGGACCGACGGCGGUUAGAGUUGAUCCCUGACGAACUCUGUAAACAGUACACCCAGCUCUUACAGGAAGCACUCCUACCCGACAUCCACAAAAACUUGGAGGACUUUCGGCAGAAGCGAAGCAUGGGCCUGACGUUGGCGGACGCGGAGCUGAGUCGGCUGGAGUUGGAGCGGGAGCGGGGCCACCCGGCCCCCGACAGAGAGUGCACGUGUGCUGAGCACAUCGUCUCCAAGAUAGAGGACAUCUUGGUGGCACCACAUCCCGCAGAAGAAGAGAAGUGUGCAACAAUGCAGUAUGUCAUGCUGGCUUACCUGAAGCACCUCGGAGUGAAGAUCAAGGAGCCGCGCAGCCUGGAACCAAAACGCAUCCGCAUCAACUUCCUUCCCAAGAUCAAGUUACAGAGCAAGAGUAGCAAGUCAGAGAAGGAGGGGGAGGAGAAGGUGAAAAGGCCUCGGUUUCCCAACAUCCUCGGCCAGCCACGCAGGCCCAGCCGAGUGGACUCCACCUACGUCUCCAAAGCGAUGGAGCUUAACAAACAGCGAUCCCCGAAGCCACUACCCCAGCCGCCCCUCAGCAGCAUUAUCCCAGAGCAUCCAGACCCCCCCAUCCCAUCCAGCUCCCGUAUCCGUGGCAACCAACAUGGUGAUGGACCGGAUGCGGGUCCCCAGCUCUUUCCCGGUGCCGUCCCCCCUCCUCUGCUCCACAGCGUCUCAUCCAAUCAGUCGUCAGAAAGCUGUGGACAGGAGUCAGACUCCGGUCUCUCUCCUCUGUCCUGGGCCUCGCUGCAGAGCGACAGUGUCUGUUACUCGGGGGACCUCCAGGAGUGUCUUCCCUCGCCGGCCUCAGCCAUGCACUUUGAUUUCAGCCCUGCUACCCUUGAGCAACUACCACUGGAGGAGAACGAAGCCACUUGCUUUCCCAUGAGUCCAUGCGAGGUGCACAGCGAAGACGACCAGGCCGGUGCAGUGACCCCCAUAGAGGGCCUUGAGGACCCCCUGAACUGGCAGAGGCUGGUCAGCCGCGAGGUGCUGGCCGGCCUCCCCCCUCUGGAAGUCAAGAGGCAGGAAGUCAUCAACGAGCUGCUUUACACGGAGCAGGCUCACCUCCAGAUGCUGAGGGUGCUGGACACGGUGUUCUACCAGCGGCUGAGCCGGGACGCCUUCCUGUCCCCCGAGGACAUCCACCACAUCUUCUCCAACCUGCUGGAGGUCAUGCAGCUCCACGUGUCCAUCACGGAACAGAUGGCGACCAUACGGAGAAGGAGUGAGACAUCAGUGAUCGGCCAUAUUGGAGACGAUCUCUUGGCCUGGUUUGGCGGGGAGCAGGAGGAGAAAGUGAGGCAGGCUGUGGGCACCUUCUGCAGCAACCAGCCGUUGGCUCUGGAGAUCAUCAAGACCAGGCAGAAGAAAGAACAGCGGUUCAAUGCCUUUAUCCAGGAGGCCCAGAGCAAUCGCCUGUGCCGCCGCUUACAGCUGAAGGAUAUCAUCCCCAUAGAGAUGCAGCGGCUGACCAAAUAUCCCCUGCUUCUGGAGAGAUUAGCCAAAUACACCGAGGACUGUGAAGAGAGAGAGAAGGUGAGGAAGGCGGGGAAAUGCUGCCGGGACAUCCUCAGCCACGUUAACCAGGCCGUGAAGGAGGCUGAGGACAAACAGAGACUGGAGGAUUACCAGAGGAGGUUAGACCUGUCCUCACUGAAGCAGAGUGAGAACCCCAUGGUGCUGGAGUUCAAGAACCUGGACCUGACCAAAGGGAAGAUGGUCUACGAGGGCCCUCUGUCCUGGAAGGUCAACAAGGACAAGUCAAUAGAGCUGUUCUCCAUCCUGCUGGAGGAGGUGCUGGUGCUGCUGCAGAAGCAGGACGAGCGGCUGGUGCUGAAGGGUCAAAGCAUGAACCUGGCGGGCACCUUCAGCCCCAUCAUCAAGCUCGACAACGUGCUAGUGCGCCCCGUGGCCACCGACGCCAAGUCCUUCUUUGUGAUCUCCACGUCGGGUAACCGAGCCAUCUAUGAGCUGGCUGCGCACACCGUGUCGGAGCAGAAGACGUGGCAGCGUCUCAUCACACAGUGUGCAGAGACCAUGAAGGCCAGGCUCGCUGGGCAGACGGCUCUUGACCUGACCCACACUGGGAGGGCCCCGGCCAGUAGGGACCCUCUCCCCUCCCUGACUGGAAGCGCACUGUCCACAGAUAAAGACGACACGUCCCCGGCUCCACGGGCCAACGCCUCGACCACCAGCACCAACCCCUUUGACAGCAUCGACUCAGACCAGGAGGAGGACGGGGAGUCGGCCCGGGUGGAAAGGGCCGAUGAGGAAGAACAACAAGAAGGCCCUCUCCGACAGCGAAAACUAGGAGACGAGGCUGAAGAGGAGGAGGACGAUGUGGUAGACGUGGACGAGCUGGAGGCCUUCCUGGACGGAGAGAUGGUCGACCGGCUGCCGCUGCUGCGAGAGAGGUCCCGCCACGCCAUCGCCAUCGACAGCCACGAGGACACGCCCCUCGCCCUAGACCAACCCCCGUGCUCCUCCAGAGCCGAAGACGCCCUGAACACACUGGCAACGCUGAAGCAGCUCCUCCUGGAGCACAUGGUCAUCGGAGAGGAGGGGCCGAAGCAGAAGGAGAAGGAGGAGGAGGAGAAGAUUGAGGAUCAGCCUGCGGAGGAGUCCCCAUACAACGCCAGGAACUCCAACUGGGAAAGGAGGGCGCCCUCUGCUGGCUGGGCUGAGGAGCCAGCGCUGCCACGUCGAGACCCUGGGCUGGUGGAGAGACCGGCAGUCAAUGGUGGCUACAUUGUCCUGGAGUCCUGCUUCCUGGGCUCAGAGGAGAGCUACACCGACGACGAUGACGACAGAGAUGGAGCUCCGGGAGACCCCGGGAUCGACCUGAGCAAGCUGCUGUCCUCCUUCUCCCAGACGGGCGAGGCGGACGGGGACGGCGGCGUCCCGGGCCCCAACCUCAGCCGCCGGCUCAUGACCCACCUGAGGCUGCUGCAGGCAAGCCUCCAGCACCUCAAGGGCGUGGAGGAUAGAUAUAACCAGCUAUGUCAUACUGUGACCGAAAGGCCUGCUGACUCAGAGGAGUACAAUGGUCAGGCAAACUGCUCGUCAGAGGAGCGGUGACAUACACACACACACACACACACACACACACACACACACAAACACACACACAAGGUGUGUAUAUAUAUAUAUAUAUAUAUAUAUAUAUAUAUGUAUAUAUGCAUUUUUCUCUCUCAUAAAAAUGCAGGGCAUGAAUGAUAAAAUAUUAAUAACAGGGAGCAAUAAACCAAAGAUAGGAGUAUAAUAGUCAUGAACAAUAAUAAACCAACCGGAUGCAAAAUAUCUCAAGUCAUCUGUAACAUAUACUAUACUAUACAAAGUGAAGAAUUAAUUUGCACAGAAUAAGGGAAGAUUUGGCAUGACUGACAUUAUCUAGGAAUAAUGCUAUCUAGGAAUGUAUUUCCGUAGUUCAUCCAAGCAUUACCAUGAAACUAGAUCAGAUUCGGGUGAGAACCGAUUCCAAGCAAAGGCCUGUUGGGAAAUUUCUCACAUUCCUGCUUUGCCCCAGAUCCUCCUCAACCCUCCUUAAAGGUCAUGUUUUUCUACUGCCUCCUUCGGCAUCUCUUUUAGUGUGCUUAUAAGAAACGGAAAAAGAGAUAAACUAGCAUAGUCAUUUGAGGAAUUCUUCAGAUACUAUUGAGCGUUUACCUGAGGGUUUCACAUUUGUGAAUACACUUGAGAAACAACUUUUUGUCCCUGAACCAUUUCCGCAAAUGAUAAUGAAUCACUAUUGCUUAUACAUAUGAAUCUCUACUACUAAUGCUAAUGUUUGUGUGUUUAUGCAUUCAGGCAUUUUUCUAUUGACCUUAUCCCCACAAACACACACACACACACACACACACACACACACACACACACACACACACACACACACACACACACACACACACACA